CAGACUGAGGAAGUCAUUUAUACGCGUCUAAAGAAGUUACACGAAGUAAUAGAAGUAAAAAAAAAAACUUCAUUUUUAUUUAUCAUUUAAAUGACAAAUUUUUGGAAAUUAAUUUAAAAAAAUAUUUAUUUUAAAAUCAUUAAGGGUGAGUGAUUCGUGAAGGACAGUGUCCAUGUGAGAAGAGAAAACGGAUGUUUUUUUUUUCUUUAAUCAAUUAUAAUUUAAUUAAGAAUUAAAAAAAAAAUAUUUAUUACAGUAAAUUAAAAAAAAAAUAAAUAUUUGGAUUUUUUCGUGAGUGUGUAACAUUAAGGAUAAGUGCCAGGGUUAUUUACUAUUGAGAGAAAACAAAUAAAUCCAAUAAAAGAAGAGAGAAGAGCUAGUGGUAUGGGUCGUGACAUGCGGCCACCAGGUCGCAGACCUGAUGGACUCUUCAAGUUUAUUUUUAUUGCUGCCUUUUUACUUAUUGGUCCAACAUCUUUAGUUAGGACACAAGACGAUGCAGUUUCACAAAGAGACAAUUCCGGUUUGGAUCGAGAUGGAAGAAAUGACAUGACAACAGUUCUUCUUGUAUCCGCUCGUCCAGGUAAAUCAGUUCCUCCUGUUGGUUUAAUUGGCAAAACAGCACGAACAUUUGUUCAAGACGGCGCUAGUACUGAAUAUGCAACUCAAGUUGUAGGUACAACGUUAGAUGAUGGACGUGUUUAUGCACGUAUUUUAUCGACAUCAAGUCGUGUUUUUUAUGAUAAAGACAGUAGUAGUAGUGGUAGUUUAUCAUCAAAACCUGAAUCAUCAAAAAUAAAUCCAUUUCUCGUUUACCCAUCACGAGUAUCACCACAAGAUGAAUGGAAACUUUUUGGUGGGGUUAUUGAAGAAGAUGAUUCGUCAUCGAAUGCCGGUAAACGUGAAGAAGCAAUAAUACGAGAAGAAAUAUCAUCAUCGUCAUCAUCAUCAAGUAGCUCUAAUGAGCCUCAUGACCGAGAAAAUGAUAUAUUUGAAAUGAGACGUGAAUUUAAUACCGAUAAUCAAAGAUUUAAACCUGCUAAAGUACGCACACCUAAUUUACCAACUUAUACAGUUAAGCAUGAGCUGAUUGGGCACCCUGGCUCAAAUGAAGAUAAUGAAGAAGAAACAAGAAGUUUUAAACCAAGGAUACCGAAAAUUUUUAAACAACCAUCUCGUUUAAUUGCUAAAAAAGAAAGUUCACGAUCUUUCAGUACAGUUACUUACUAUGGUUUUGCUGAUUUUACAACGAUUGUUGGUGACACAAUUAUUGUAUUUUCACCCAGCACAGCUCCAGUACCUUCUGCUCGUCCUGUAACUAAGAUUACAGGUGAUGCGACCUUAAGACCUGGUGAUGGAAGUGCUGUAUCGAUUCAACCUACAAGUAUUAUACGAAAUGAUAAAACAGCUGAUCCUCUUUUGGAUGCUAUUAAUGGACGUAAACAAUCAGAAUCAAGUGUCUUAACUCCUAGUAUGAUUGAAGAACCUGAAGAAUUAUCAUCAUCUAAAUCUACACCCCUGCUUUUACUUCCUGAAACAGAAAGUCUUAAACCAACUGGGUUACUCAAAGUUGUUGACUCAACAACAUCAUUAGAUGGUACGACAACUCAUUAUAAGAGUCUUAUUUAUGGUACUUAUGUUGGUACUAAUUAUGCUCAGAUUAUUCAUACAUCUUCAAAUGUAUAUUUCUUCCCUGAUGAAGCAACUGUCACUUAUGAUACGACAGUAAAGCCUGAGGAAGAAACUGAAGAACCUUUAACAACAAUGGGGAUUGAUACAACAACAUCAUCAAUACCAACAAAAGAUGAAACACUUUCUUCUGAAAAUAAUGAACUCACCACACCUUUGGAAGAAACAACAGAGAAUUCAUCGACAUUGAAUAUUGCUCAUACUACUCCAAUGGAACCAGAUAUUCCUAAUGAUAUUCUUAAUGAUCCUCAAGGCCGUAGUGUCAAAGGAGGAUCAGCUAAAAAUAAUAUCAAUGAUGAUGGUAAAAAACUUGAAUUUGCUACAAGAUUACUACCUUCUACUGCUUAUAAAACAUUUACGUAUUUCACAACUUUCUUUAUUCCUGAUGAAACAAAUAAAGAUUUAACUACGACAUCUGUUAAAUCACGAGAAGUUGUUUCUUCUGAAGUAUCUUAUCUUACAGAAUUAAUUCUACCAAGUGCUACUAAUGAUGUUUCGUCAAUAUCAACGGCAUCAACAACAGUACCUCCCGUAGAUACAACAUUUUCAUCAGUUUCCACAACGACAACUCCUUCAACACCUUCAGAAGCAAGCCCUAAAACAGAAGAUGAGGAUUCAACAACAAAACGAGAAGAAAUAGAACUUAUUUUCAAAACUCUUUAUACGACUUAUACUUAUUUGACGACAUUCUUCCAAGAAAGUACAUCAAGUGUUUCUAGUCGUGAAGUUGUUGAGACUAAUGUCGUAACUCAGACUAUUGGACCUGAUGGAAUAUUUGGUGAUGUUGCUGGAUUAUUUAAUGAUGAUAUAACAAUUACUCCAACAAAAAUUCAAGAUACUGUUCAAUCUUCAACUAUUUUGAUGCCUGAAGAAGAUUUGGUAACUUAUGAAGCUUCUACUACUCUAGAAGAUUCAACAACUGAAGCUGGUUUAACGACAUUGCAGGAUCUAGAAGAUGGUAAGACUACAAUUGAAGACAGUGUCAAUAAAUUAUCUAUACUUGAACCAAGUCCUACACCUAGUGUAGUUACUGAUUUACCGAAAUUCGAAACAAAAACUUAUUUCACAACCUACACUUAUUUUACAACUAUAUUUGUUGAUGAUGAAACAGAAAUAGAAACAAGAACUGAGGUCUUCAGUAAUAUUAUAACGGAAAAAAUUGAACCAACAGCAGUGGUUCCACCACCACAAGAACCAUCUUUAAUUCCAACAACACCAAAAAGCGCACCUGCACCUCCACCAGAUAUUCUUGCAUACUUAGAAGCGAUAAAAAAACAAAAAUCUCAAGAGGAAGCAUUAAAAGCUGCUAAAAAAGUUCAAGAAACUGGUACAGGUAAAACAACUAUCAAGCCUGACGAAAACGAACGAACAACUCUCGAGAUGUUAGAGGAUUCAACAGAAAAAGUAUUAGUUGAUGGUGAAGUACUUGGUUCUAUGAUAACCGAUGUAAUAUCUUCAUCCAGCUCUAGUGAUGGACCAAUACUCGAGCCAUCAAUGGAAAAGAGAAAUGUUGGCGCUGCACCCGAAGAUCAAGAACUCUCAGAAUCAAAUCAUCAUGAAGUCGAACCAGCGCCCACACUUCUUCUUCGUACAAGUUACACGACAUUUACAUACUUUACAACAAUGUAUAAAGGUGACGCGAGCAAUGUUGUUUCUCGGUUAGAAACAGUUACAAAUGUCGUGACAGAAACGAUAAGACCCACGCCGGCGAUUGAUAUGUCAGCAACUGAAACAAGUACUCUUCCUGUAACUUACUUUACCACCUUUACUUAUUGGACGACAUUUUAUCGUGCCGGAGAUACGAUAACAACGAGCCGUGAAGAAACUGUUAGCAAUGUAGUCACACCUGGUGUAUCACCAACUCCAAGUGUUCAACUAGGAGUUAUCAUGACCUAUCGACCCGACUCAUUGCUCAGCGAUGAAGAAGAAACAACAGACAAAGCAAUUGCUGAUAAUGAAGUUAUGGAAUUAGAAAAAAGUACAAGUCCUAUUCCUUCACCCAAAGAAAUAGUUUACUCAGCUCCAGAAGAUCAACCAGUAAUUGACGUAUCAACAAUUAAUCCAGAACCAACAACGUAUUAUACAACUUUCACGUACUUUACUACGUCUUAUAUUGGAAAUGAAACAGUUCUCAAUUCUAGAUUAGAGACAAUCACCAGUGUAGCACUAGGAGAAAUUCCUAAAGCAACAGGAAGAGCAAUCGGGGCAGUACCAACAAAACUUCAGAAUCUUGAGACAGAAGAAAAAAUACGUACAGUUGAGGUGACGCCUACGAAAGUAGCUGAAGAGCCUAAAACAGGUUUAAUAUCAACACUAAAGUCUAGUGCUGUUGCUAAUGGAACAACUACUCACUUUACAACGGAUAUUUAUGGUACAUACAUUGAUGGUUUAUAUGCGCAGUUAGUGCAGAGUAGUACGAGCUUAGAAACUCCAUCUUUGACUUCAAGUACUUCAGUCUCACCAACAGCAACUUUAGCCACUCCAGCUCUUCCUACUGGCAUUCUUUCAUUAAAUAAAGGUAGUAUUAUUGAUGCUGAUAAAGUAACUACUGUUUACUUUGCUACCAGUCAAAUUGGCACACUUAUCGAUGGGCUCUAUGCUAAAGUUAUUGAAAGUACUUCAAGUACAAAAAUAGAUGCCGAAAGAAAAGCUACAUUGAAACAUCCAGAAGAACGUCAUAGAACUGGAUUAGUAAGACUUAUUAAAGGGCAAAUAGAAUCUGAUAGUGUAACUAUCGUUUAUCAGUCUAAAGUUAUUGGUACAAGCAUCGAAGGACGAUAUGCGCAAAUUAUAGAAAGUACUUCUAGUUAUCUUCAUGGCUCAAAUACAGUUUCUCCGACAGCAACAGUAUCUUUUCUUGCUUCUCAAACUCCAGGCCUUCCAUCCCCUACUCCAGUAGUAAUUCAGUCAUCAUUAUCUGAAGGAAGUCAAGAAGACAAUGGAACUAAUGAAGAAGAGAAUGAAGGAGGAGAAGAAGAAGACGAGGAAGAAAAUGAAGAUGAUCAGAAGCCAAAGAAAAAGUCACGUCUUACUUAUCCUGGUCGGAAGAGUACAUUUACUCCUGCUAUCAGACCAUUCUUGUCACGAAGCAGGCCGACGUUCAAUCCAAAAAGAAAAGGUGCUCAAGCGGCCACAACAAUUACACGAACUGACAUCACACCGACAAUAACAGCGACUUUAGCUGGAACGAAAGGAAAUCGUUUUUCUUCUUCACGAAGUCGAUCAGUUAUUUCAGCAUCCGCAACAGCUUCACUUAAUUCAUCAAGACGUUUUUCUGGAAGGAAAACACCACUUAGCUCAUCACCAACCGGGCCAGCAAAUGCACGCAGUAGAAGUUCAGGCAGAUUUUCUCCUUCGUCAACAUCUUCUUCUGCUCGACGUGGAUCCAGUUCUGUUAUCCGCGGAUCUUCAGCAAGACCAGCUAUCAGAGGAUCAAGUUCAUCAUUUGCGGGGUCAUCUUCACGAUUUAGAAAUGGCAUUAGACCAUCCUCAACUUCGAUUAAACCGUCUCAAACAAUUAGUCCAACAAUAGCUCCAGUCACAAAAUCUGAUGAUCAAGAAGAUGAAGCAAAUGAAUUUACUGCAACAACUUUUGUAACAGAUGAGACACCUUUCCCAACUGAAUUUGAUGAUUUUGAAGAAACUGCUACCACAAUACCUAUCAGAACAACAACUGAGUCUUCAAGAAGAUCUACUAAUCCGCUUCUUAGAUUUAGAAGACCAUUAAACCUAUCUCCAGUAUCUCGUAGUACUUCUCAACCACGACGAACUACUACUUCUACAACAAGUACCCCAAAAACUCCAACAGUUGCUCCUAGAUCUUCUAACGCCCGAUCACUUAAUUCUCCGACGCUUCCACCAUUUUCUUCACGUUCCAGAGGUAAUAAUCGUCUCUUCCCACCUCGAAAUUUCAUCAACCAACGUCAACCAGACCCAGUAGAAGAAAUUGAAAAUCCCGAAGAGAGUGAUGAUACUAAUCUCGAAAAUGAAAAAUUAGUUGAAGAAAUAGUCGAUAACGAUUAUGAAGGUUCAGAAAACAAUAAACGUCGCCGUAUUCCCAAUAAAGCUGAUGUGUCCUCUACAACAUCAAGACCUACAUAUGGUAAUAGAUAUAUUUCUCAGAGAAGAAGAUCAAAACGUCAAGCACCUCAAUUACGUUCAUACUCAGCUAAUCGAUACCGCAGACCUGGAAAUAUUUAUACGUCAGCAGAAGAUCGAUCAGAUGACGAUACUUCUAAUGAUGAAGAUGAAAUUGUAAAACCUGGAUCUCGAUACAUCGCAAGAGGAAGAUCUCUUUCAUCGACUCGAAAUGUUGCCAAAAGUACUACAGAAAAAUAUUCCAGUGAGUCCGGUGAAAUUUCAAACUCAAGAAACAGAAGACCAACUAAUAGUCGAGUAAAACCUAGUCCUACAGCAUCAACAGGAAGACAAUUCACUUUACGAGAAAAGAAUCCUUCUUAUAAACGUACUUCUUUUACUAAACAAGAUAAUUUGAGGAGACCAAAUUCAAGAGUCAGAACUACGAAUGGAAGACGUACAACAGAGUCUUACGAUUCUCGACGAGGUACUACUCCAUGGACAAUUUCAAGAAAUCGAAAUAUUAAUAGAAGAGUACAACCAAGAGGCAGAGGUGGAUCACGAGAAGAUUUGAUUGGUUAUAGUAGAGACGACAGUCCAAUCACGGUUACUCAUUAUGUACCAACUGAAAUAACACUUCCAGUAGUAUCUCAUGGUACUACUGAAUUUCGUAGUAUCAUUACAGCUAGUCCAAGUAUUGAAGUACUCAAUCCAGAAGCUUAUAAUACAGUAACCGGUGGUGAUGGCCGACAACUUGUUGUCCUCGUCAGUGAAUCGACUUCAUUAAAUCCUCUUGGUCAGACUGAAGUAACACGUUUUCUAUUACACAGUACACCAACUACCAGAGUAUCGCAUACGUUAACUACCGUUGGUGGUCGACGUGUUUCACAGUCUCUUAUUGUACCUUCAACUGUUUAUUCUGUCGAGAAUGUUGUAUCAACCAUUCCAGCAUCAUUUAAUAAUCAAAAUAAUCCUCUUGCAAAUAUACUAUUGUCACAAUUGUUAGGUCAAUUGGGUCCUAAAAAUCCAAAUUUUGCUAAUGUCCAAGCGCCUGACGUUCAAGCGACACCAACAACUCAGUAUAACGUCAGAACAACAACUUAUGUCACAACAAUUACUAAAGAAAAAAGUACGAUUAUACCUUUGACAUUUAGGGGUAAAGAAAUUCUAACGACUCUUGUUGAUUCAUCAACAGACGUUGUUACAGCUACUGAAUUUAUUACGGAUACAGUUCUUGUUACUCCAACAGCAGCAUUACCAGCUGCUAAUCUCAAUUCACUUCUUCUUCUUCUUCAACAAUCCCCACAAAUUCAGCAGCAACAACAACUUCAGCUACAGCUGCAGCAGCAACAACUACAGCAACAACUUCAGCAACCUCAAGACCCACUAUUUUCGGUCGCGCCAAUAUCCAGUCAAAGUAAUUCACUCCCUGGUGAAAUUGAGCGUAAACAUCAACCAGCAGAUCUUGAUUAUCGACCUGAAGAUGAUUCUUCAGCGUCAGUUGAAGAAUUUGAUAUACCAGUAGCACAUAAAGUUAAAUCAGAAAAUAAAAAAGUUAAUUCUGAAAAAACAAUGGAUGAUUCUUCAGCUUCAUCCAUUUCAAGAAGAAGACGUAAUUUGAAUGACGAAGUAAGGCCGUCUAUUCCACCAUCACUUUAUGCCCAUUCUGACGCUACAUCUGGUCUUAGUCCCAGUGAAGAAUUUAUGGGUGUACAUGCACCAACACAGAGUCUCGAGAGCGUUGUGGGUGACGUCGGACGGCACAUUUCCACAGAAAAAAGACAAGACAUGGUCUUUUCAGAUUAUGCUAUUGAGGAACAAAAAUAUUCAGUUGAUGAACAAAGUUACUACGAUGAUUAUUAUGAUGAACCUGAUGAUUAUGUUCAAACUAAACGAAGAAAAGUGAUACGAGUACGGGUACCAUCUCAUUUAUCUCACAAUAGAAAAUCUGAAAGAGCACACAAAUAUACUGUAGUAAGGAAACGACCACUUGUACCUUACACAAAAUCUUCAAUACCUGAAAAAAUAAUUCCACCAUCACCGCGACGAAUUGUUGUAACACGUGUUAGAAGUCUUGGUGCUCGAUCGAGACAAUUUGAUUAUGAAGAUUCAAUUUACCCUGACAGUACAUUAUCAAAACGUCAUAAAGUUACGGUUACUCGUACGAGAAAAUUGAGACCAACUGGAAAUAUUGAGUUAACUCAGACACCAAAAACACGAGUAACUAGAAAAAAACUUGUUACAGUACGGCCUGUUGUUUCAUCAACUCCGACAUUUGCUAUUAUUACGACAGGUUUUUAUGGAAUUCCUGAUAACGAUGAUGAAGAAGGUGAUGAGAAUGACGAUGUUAAUAAUGAUGAUGAAGGCGAUACUGAAGAUAAUGUAGAAGAAGAUGAUCAUGUAAAAAAUACUCAAAGUGAAAUCGAAGAGUCAGCUGAAUUACCACCGAGUCUUGUAGGUACAGCUAAUGACAUUGAAAAACCAGAGAUUGAGAAUGCUAAAGAUGAGGAACUUUCAAAUAAGUUUGAGGUAGAAGUUCCUGUAGAACCUAGUACAAUAAGUGAUAUUACACCAGUAAUUAUUACCGACAAUUUCUUUUUUCCUGCAUCGUCAGAUAAUGAUGAAGAAGAGAAUGGAGAAAUAGAUGAAGAUGAAAAUAAUUCUACGACCGAAGAAAUUGUUCAAGACAUAGACGAUUCACAAAGGCACACAUACGAAGAACUGGAGAAUGAAAAAGUCGAUCAUGCUCAGAAUAAUGAAAAUGAAGAAUUAAUGACAACAGAAAAAAUUCCAAUAACUGAAAAAAUAGAAACAACAGAGUCUUCUCCAACAACAAUUGAAAAUGUUAACUUAGAGGAUUUAAAAUCUACUACUCAAUCAAGUACGACAGAAAUACUUUUAGAACCAUCUUCACCAUCAUCUCCCGAAUCUGAACAAAUUUAUAAUACUACAGAAAAUAUUAAUGAAAAUUCAGAAGAAGAACUAAGUGUUGUACCACUAAAACCUUACACUGAAACUUCUUCUUCUUUAUUAUGGUCAAGUCUUGACUCUGAUCAGCUUUUAAUGAGUUAUAUACCGAGUGUGAUUCCAUUGGAAUCAUCAAUGAGCCAUAGCGAGGAUUAUCAGUCUCUUUUUGAACCAACUGAAACUCUACAAACUGAAUCUUCAAGCUCAAUCUCAAGCUCAAGCUCAACAACAGAAACAACAACAACAACAACAACAACAACUUUUGUGACUUCCCCAACGCCUGAAGAAAUUGAAGCUGGUCUUUCUGACGAACUCUACUUAUCCUUAUCAAGACCAGAUUUUCCACAAAUGUUUCCAUCUCAAUUUCCUAUAAAUGAGCAGGAGUCAAAGGUGAAUGAUGAAAAUUAUUCGCUUCCUGCGUCAGUAUCCUUGGAACCCGAACCAAUUCCAACUGUUGUUUUCACCGAGACUAUUGUUACCUCAACUCGAUUAAGAACUUAUACUUAUGUUGUCACUAAAUUAAAUGGACUAGAAACUCAGGUGACGUCUUCAACGACUGUUCGACCUCGCGUGACGACACUGACACUGACAGUACCUGUUACAAUCAUACCCUCCUCAAUCGAGAGUGUGGAAUCUAUACGUCUCAGCACCGUAACGACUGCCUCACGUCGAGAACCCGAUGGACAAGAAUCAAGGCGUGAAACAAGGAUGAUGGAUGAAGAUGCGGAGGGUGAAGGAAGAAGACUCAACUUGGCGACACGAGUAAUGUCAAAUGGGGUAGAAGUUAUAGUUGCUGGUCCCACGCCAGCAUUGCGAUGGGAAAAUUCAAAUCCACAACCCACACUCACUCUCUCUGACGCAGUUGUUAUGCUUAUGCCUCAAGAAGAUCCUAACGAAUUUGUUACCAAGACUUGCACAACGACAUUUACUUAUUUAAAUACCAUUACUAAGGAUGGCACGACAAUCGUUUCAACCGACCAACAGGUCGUCGCAAAUACGGCAACAGAAGAACGCCAUAGAAAGCCAGGAUCAGAAUCAGCAGCAGUAACUCUUGCUGCUUCGCCCACUUUAAGAACAGAGGUAUUCAAGACAACCUACACAUAUCUUACAUUGAACGCAGACCAUCCGGAUGAGGACAACGCUCUAGGAAGCAGCCAGAAAGUAAUAACAAAUACAGUGACGGCACCACAGCAUUACUUAGAUAUGAUUCUAGAGCCGUCUGAAGCACCACCACCUCAAACAAAUACUUAUCUUAGUACACGUGUCCUUGAAAAGACAUUUAUUGAAGACGGAAUGACAAGAAUAGCAACUAUGAGUGACACCAUUACUCGUCUUAUUAUCACUGAAUCAGUACCACCUCCGCCUCGUCCAACUAGUGUCACUACAACACUUACAGCUCUUGAUAAUCCUGAGGAUACUCUUACGGACAUUAUGAAAACAUAUUACAUCACUUAUACUUACUAUAAUACUUAUCUUGAAAAAGGUAGCAGUACCGUUGUCCGAACAAACGUCGCUACUUCAACAGAUGUUGCUGUAGAAAAGGUGAAGAAGACUGGUGUUAUCGAUACACAGGUGACUGCAACGCCAAGUAUUGAACCUAUUAAGAUAUUUGCUACCAAGACUUACUUGACAACUUUCACAUAUUUCACCACACUACUUCAGGCUGGCCCUGAUGGCGAAACUUCUACGACCAUCUCCUCAAGAUCUCAUGUAGUAGAGAACGUUGUGACAGAAUCUAUAGCUCCAAGUUUACUUAAUGCUGGUUAUAUGAAUCUUUUGACGACAGCUCAUCACUCAGAUUCAGUAAAAAAUGUUGUUACGGGUUCAACAAUUAUUUUUUUUGAUGAAGAAGACCAGAUUGAUUCAUCCAGCACUAGUACACAUGUUCAACCAACAGCUUCUCUAGAGUCAUCUGAAUCAGUUAUCGAAAACUCUGAAGUUCCAGUAUCCCAAUCUUCUGAAGCUGAAACAGAGCCUCAGAAAGAUGAACCAGAAAAACAACAGAGUGAGCAAAAUACAAGUGAUUUGGAUACCAGCGCAUCUUCAGCAAUAACUCACGACGAAUCAUUAACUCAAGACAAUGAUGCGGCUGAAAAUAAUAAUGGAUCUCCAAGUAAGCCAGUUGGAGGUGGUUUGUUGAGUCUUGGAUCUCUUGGGAUCAAUGGGUUGUCUGCUUUGGGACCAGUUAUUACUGCUAUGGCUGGACUUCUUCAAGGCAAGCCAUCAGCUAAUCGCCGAAAUGAUACUAUACCGCAGGCUUCGAAUCCUCCAGUUGUUAAUCAAGAGCCUCAAGAACUCACGACUCAGCGGUCACCAAUUUAUAUACCUGUUGCCGAGUUUGCAGAUGGUGAUAUUGAAACAGCGGAGAGUCAAAAUAUUGCUGCUCAAUUAGCUAAUCCAAAUCCAAACUUUAUACCGGAAACGAGACAUAAAGUUGCAGCGAGUCUUGUUGAUGGUAUUCCAAUAUCUCCUGGAGAAGUUAUUACAGCAAACAGUGAUGUUAUUAUUGGUAAACCUGGUAUACUGGCACCCCGACCACCUCAAACAUAUCUUCAAAGUGGAAAUGAAAAUCAAAACUUUGGGAUGAAACCUCCACCAAUAUCUGUACCUAAUAUUCCAGUUCAUCCUGUUUUGGAAGUGAUUAAAGAUGAUAGACCCGAACCUAGUCGUCAUAGUCCUCACGCUAUUUCUUUAAAUUCUAAACGUCCACCGAAAAUUCCUCAUCACUUGAAUAAAGAACCGAUGAGAAACGGAUUAAAACAUGAUAUUUUAGAGAACGAUCCACUUCUUAAACCCCCUGGUAGACCUAAUAUUGAAAAGUAUGCUAAUCCAAAUAUCAAUACAAAAGAACCUGAGUGGAUUUCUAAUAUCUUCAAACGACCUUGGAGCUCAAAAGAUCCAUUAAUGCCUCCUCCAGCGCCACCAACUCCUUCCAGAAUUGAUCAAGAAUUGAAUCCGUAUCCACCACAAGAGUCUCAACCUUGGAAAAAUCGCCCUUUAGAUGAACACCAUAAUCACUCACCGUGGGCUCAAAAAGAUCCUAUUAUUACUGGUACCAACUUAGAAAGCUCUAAGUUAAAACCAGAACCCACACAAUUAAUAGCUUCUGAGCCAAUAAUCCACCAAGUUCCUCACGUAAUAGAUCGAUCAACCGGUCAACCAUUGCUUGUAAAUAUUCAACCAAGUCAAGUGGCAAAUGUUGUUAUUCCCCAAGGAGGGACACAGGCUCUUAUUUUUGGUGAUACUAAUGAACCACAUAUUAGUGGACAGUAUUUUGAUGAUCCUUCACCUUAUCCAGAACCUGAGGAAUAUCCUGGCUACACUGGAUUUGAAAAACAUGAAAAUAAUCCAUCAAAUUUUAUGAUUCCACCAGCACCACCAUCAAAUAAUUAUAAAUCACCUUCUCAAAAGCCUCAUUCACAUACUAUUCCUAAUUCUAACAAUCGAAUUUAUUCAAAAUUUCCUCGGCCACAUGACAAAAUUGAGAUACAUACAAAUAAUCGACCUGAAAAAAGACCAUCGGAUGUUCAACUGAUUCAAAGACCUGAAUCUUAUGGACAAUCAAAUCAAGGUCAAGUACACACAGAAAUUUUAGUACAUCAUUCACCUGAUUCAGUAAAUCUCAAUGCUAAUUUGAGACCUCAACCUAACCAACACCAACAAGGAUUUUCACCUCCACGAAGAGAUUACCAUGUGCCUUCAUUGAAUGAACUUCCACCUCGAAGAACUACAGACAUUUCUCCACCUACUGAGGGUUCUCAUCAUCAUCAUCAUCGAUAUGGCUAUCAACAUGAAAAGCCGAACAGAACAAUUACCAAUGAUAUUUUAAAACAAAAGUGGAAGAAUGACAGAACAAAACCAAGAAUUACAGUUGUUCGACCAAGGCCGGCAGUAAGACCACCAAGACCUACUCAUUAUCCUAAUCCGGACAGGACUUCAGGAUUUGGAACAAAAUUAAAGUAUCCUUAUCGACCUCCAUCACAUAUUGCUCAGGCGCCUCACCCACCACAAAUUCCAGUCAGUUGGCAAGAGGAAUCUAAAAAUGAACAAUCUUCUAAUGUUAACUAUCAACAACACAAAAAUCAAGAGCCUCAGGAAAAUCUUCCAACUGGAGCAACUGGUUACAGAAAUCCAUUGAUUGGAAAUGCUAAGAGGCCUAUGCAACAGCAUCCUGUUCAGCCAACCAGUUAUCAGCCAUCACCUCCACAAAAUCAUCACGUUCACCAGCUGCCUCCUGACAUAAGUCCUCCAGUUCUUCAGAGCUUUGGACAAAUUCUUCCUCAUCCAGAUGAACCUGAAGUUCCUUGGUCUGAUACACAAACUGAAGCUGGUCCUGAUUCAACUGCUGAAGAAUCUGAAGAAAGUAUUAAUUAUCAUGAUCAAAUUUCAAAUGUUGAACUUGAUAAGCAGCAGCAUCAUCAGCAACAACAACAACAACAACAACAACAACAACAACAACAACAACAACAACAACAACAACAACAACAACAACAACAACAACAACAACAACAACAACAACAACAUCAGCAGCAGCAGCAGCAAAAACAGCAACAACAACAACAACAACAAAAGAAACAACAAGAAGAAGAACAACAACAGCAACAACAUCAGCAGCAAAAACAGCAACAACAACAAAAGCAGCAACAAGAAGAACAACAAAUACAGCUGCAGCAGCAUCAACAACAACACCAGCAUCAAUUGCAGCAGCAUCAACAGCAACAUGAACAGCAGCUUCAUCAACAACAACAACAACACCAGUAUCAACAGCAACAGCAUCAACAACAACAACAUCAUUUGCAACAACAGCUGCAACAACAACAGCAAGAGCACCAAGAACAACAGCAGCAACAAAAUCAACAAGAACAACAGCAACAACAAUUUGAAAAUCAGUUUGCUGAAGAACAUGAAUAUGAUGAACCAAUUGAACCGAUCCAGUUUGAAUUGGAAGUGCAAGAUGCGAGCAAUCAAACAGAAAAUCCGUUCAAUAACGUAGAAUCAUCAACUAAAAAAGUUGAAACUAUUGAAGAAAAUGUUUUCUACCAAACUGAAACGGAAACACCACCAGAAAAUCAUAACAACAAUAAUUAUCCUUCUGUAAAUGUCUUAAAGCCGUAUGAAAUUUAUGAAGACAACACAGAAACGGAAAAUCAAGAAAAUGAAAGAAUUUCUGAUGACAAAUUAGGCGAUGAUGUGAUUCAAAAUGUCCCAUUUGGUGAUAAGGUUACAACAUCUAAUUCCAAGCCAUUUGAACAGGACGAUACAUUUGAUUUAAAACCACCUGCCAUUAUCCCUAACUUUGUUCCUGAAAAACCAACAAAAUUGAAACCAUUCCAGCAUCACCAAGUUGUAUCAACAUCACGUCCAGUUUUUGAACACGAAAAAGAAAUAUCUAUAACUCAUGAUCCUAAACCUCCCAGUGGUCAUGCUCGGCCUCCCAUAGACUGGGAAACUAUUCACAAGAUAAACAAUGAGAAUUAUUAUUCCAACAGAAGAAACUUGACAUUCACCCGAACAAAUCAUUCUCACGGUAAUUCAGACUCUAAAUACGUUACUACGGAAAAAAUUCGUAAUCCCGAAAUUACGUCACCAUCUAUAGGUACUAGAAUUCAUCCAGCAUAUCCACAUAUACUUACUAAGCCAAGACCUGUGCUACCAAUUCCGAUUACUAUUUCUUCUGGUUCAUCGUCCAAAACAAAACACACACAAAAGGAUAAAAAUAAUCAUAAUAAUGAAGAAUCAACACUACAUUCUGAAAAACCAAAUAUCCAUAUGCGGCCUAUCAUCAUUCAUGCUAAAGAUAGAAAUCGAGAAACUCUUGAAACCGCUUAUCAAACAAAUUUCGCAGCUCACGAAGAAGAACAAAAUUUACCAAACAAUAAAAGAACUCAGUUAAUAAACAAAGCAAGUAAUUCUAAUGAAUUAAAAGUUCCUUCUCAAGAAAUGAUGCCUCCACCAACAACAAAAGCAACAAUGCAAGACAAUAUAAACAAUGAUAAUGCUGAAGGUGACCUUAAACCACCUCCAAUCCCUGCAGAUGUUGUUGGAAUGUCACCACCUCCAGUAACUAUCACAACUACAACUGCGAGACCUUCGACAACGGCAAUAAACGACUCUGGAUUAAGACCACCACCACCAAAGUACGUUUCUUUAGAUUCUUCUAAAGUUGUUGGAGAAACUCCGCCACCACCGUCUUCACCAUCAGUACCAAGUGUUAGUAUGAUACCACCAACAAUCCCAAGACCAACUAAAUCUCGGCCUUUCUUAAUGGAAUUAUUAUCUCAAGAUAUGGUACCACCGCGUCCACCUGUUAUUGAAAGUUCUAGGCCAAUUGAAAUUGCUACUGUUAGACCUGCUAUUGCUGUAUCCGGGUCUAUACAAAUUGCAACAGCAGUUGCUACAAGUCAUAUACCAGUAAUGCAGGAUAUUGUCGAAUCUACAAUUCCAAUUAUUCAUGGUACUGUUGAUCUACCUGUCGUGAUGGAUGUGUCAGAUAUUAUUAAGUCAGUAGAGACUAGAAAGCCUGAACAUGUUAGUGUUUAUACAGUUCGGCCGUUUGAAACAAAACAAAUUUCAAGAGUAUCUGUGCAACCUACGGCAAUACUUUCAACGAAUUUAAUAAUGCCAACACGUCUACGACUACCACAAGUAGAAUCUAGUUCAUCAACACGAUCUCCAGUACACAUUACCAGACUUUCGUCUUAUGAUACUUCAAGAAAACCAUCCGUUGUUCUAGAAGCAAGCCGUAAAAGUAUUUCAUCUAGUCGAGUAAACUCCACACAAUCUUUGAGCCACAGGCCAUACACUAUAAAACAGAGUAUCAAUCCAAGUGACGUUACCUUUACUUCAACAACCAAGAGAAAGUAUGGUAGCUCCUCUACUAAAUUCCGUAACUCAAUAACGAAAACUAUGAAAGAGCAUUCUGAUACUAGAAUCUAUAAGAAUGCUAGAAAUGUCACAACCACAACAAUGAUGACUACGAUGGAGAUGAAACCAAUAGCUGUUACUCACUUUAAGACUCUGACGGUUACAAGAACGGAAACAUCAGUCUUAGGAUCACCACCAACAACAAGAACACUUUUAUUGACCCAUACCUUGACAUCUACGAUCGUAGAGACUGUAACGGAAACAUUACUACGACCUACAAGUGUAGUAAUCACAUCAGUUACAACAAUUCUUCAACCUGCGACUCACUUGCCCUCUUAUGAAACUUCACCAGAUAAUGUUGACUCAAUAUUUGUCGUAAUGAGUGAUCAAAAUCCACCAGCAGCUGACGCUGAAGAAGUUGAAGCAGAGUAUGGAGGUGAAGAAGAAAUUUUACGUGAUGAACAAGAUCCAGCAGGUAAUGAAAUACAUCGAGUAUUGUCUGGUAGUAUUCUUGGGGCUCCUGUUGUGCCACAUCGUCCAAGUACCAAUCAAUGUCAGCCAGAAUGCCGGGGAGCAAAAUCUGAAAUGUGUGCUAUAGUUGGUGGUGAAGCUAGAUGUAUAUGUCGCCCAGGAUUUUCACGUAUGUUUUUAGAUCGUCCUUGCAAACCGACAUACACAUACACACUUCGUGUGGGUCUUGAUCGUAUCGGUAGAGAAUCAAUACAAUAUGAUCAGCCAAUUAAUGAUAGUUCAUCAACACCAUUCCGAAGACUUGCUGGACCAACACGAGAAGCUCUUGAUAGAACUCUGAUGCAAAGUGACUUGAGGGACAUAUACAGAGGACUUGAUAUCGCUGGAUUCUAUCCUCAUCCAGCUCAAGUAGAAUUCCAUCUUCAGUUGAGUGACAACACCAGCGAAACUCGGCUUAAAGAUAUACUAAAGAAAUAUUUAAUAAGCAGUAAUUAUAGUCUGGGUGGAACUGAAGUAUUUGCACUAAGAAAUAUUGAUACUAUUGAUGCAAAGGACUUUGAUGAAUGCUCAACUGAAGAGGGUGGACCUCACCAUGACUGUUCACCUCAUGCAACAUGUUUCAAUUUACGUGGAUCAUACCAGUGUUCGUGCAAAGAAGGAUGGGCUGAUUUAUCUGAAAAUUCAGCAUAUCCUGGAAGAGUAUGUUCUCAAGCACCGCUGGGCUGUGCUGGUUGUAACAACAAAGGUCACUGUGUUACUAAUUCCCAUGGUCAAGAGAUUUGCGAAUGUUUCCCUUGGCACAGUGGCCAGCGUUGCCAAGUUAAUUUGAAAGUACUGCUGAUAUUUGUCGUAACAAUUGGAGCUAUUUUACUCGGUCUACUGGGUGUCUUUUUAGCUUUAACGUGUUUACGCAAUCCAAAUAGAGCCAGAAAAUCAGGAGAUAGAAGAGCUAUGAUUAAUACAGGAACAGGAGGUGACACAAGCAGUGAAGGUAGUGUUGCAGACCUUGCAAUUCCUCAUCAUGUUCCACAUGUUCUUCCACCACCACCAAGAUCUACUGCGCCUAUUCCACCAGGUUCGAAAAGACCCAGAAAAGCUACUAAGCAAUAUCGAGCACCAAAGAAACCAUCUUUUGCCGGAACUCAAGCCCCGAUAAAUGAAGCAGCAAAUACAGAUCGCGCACUAAGUGUAAUGAUUCCACGAGCUAAAUACCGAUCUGGACCACAAUCACCUCAGAAUUAUUCAAAGCCACCUAUGAGUACUUUUGCAGCUGAGGAACAUAAACUCAUCAAUUAUCUCGAAGGUGGUCCGCCAGUUGGAAAUCGUAAACCAAGUCUUGCUAGUACAGCUAAAGAAUACGUUAAAAGAGAGUAUAUUGAAGAGACUGGAAUUAGAGUAGUUAAAAAUCCAACUGCUCCCAAUAAUGGUGCGCUCGUUAGUGCUGGAUUUCAAGUAUCAGCAACGGUAUUAAAAACAACUGGUGAUGGCGAAUCAACACUGGAUGAUACCUUCGAACCAUCGACUUUAAAAACUCUGCGAAGUACGAUGGACUUUCAAGACGGAACAUCGACUCUAGGCGCACCUUCCUGUGAUGCAACAACGAUUCAAGCAACAACAAAACUUCUUCCCUUAGAUUCGGCUGAAGAAAAUUCCAGCGUUGGACGAUCGUGCGCUGGUGAUACUUCAAUCAAACAACAGUCACCAAGUCGAGGAUCUAAAGAUACUCGUGACGCGCGUGAUAGUGCUAGUGAGGGUCCUAUCACUGCUGAAAGAGAUCUUGGUAGUACGCUUCGACUUCGGCAUACUCCUUUAUAUAAUCCAGAUCGAGCAGCUAGCGAUCGUGAUUCCAACUUUGAUUCACUAUAGAGUUAAUUAUCGACUUGAAAAGUGAAAUUCGUUGUUGCCAAAUAAUAUUUAAAAAAAAUUUCAAUGUUAUUGUUAUUAUACGUUUAAAAUAUAUAUGCCCUCGUACGUACACAUAUUAAGUAUACAUUUAUAUAUUACCUGUGAAUGUUUGAGGUGCAGGCCAUAUUAUGAAGGUGAUUGUGCCAGUCACUGUUUCUGUCGUUUGUUCUUUGUAGAAAAAGUCUGAUGUAAGGCAAUAUAAUUCAUCGUCUUCACACUACGCCAACCUAUUUAUUUAAAUAUAUAUUAUUGUUUCAUAUAUGAUAUAUCAUUUAUAUUAAGAUAUAUUGUACGACCGAUAAAUAAAAGUAACUAUUCAAAAACAUUUAUUGAGAAUAGAAAGUAAAGAAAUGAAUAAAUGAAAAGUCAAAUAAAAGACAAAUAUCUCGUGCCAAAAAAAUAUUAUAAAUUUUCAAUUAUAUUUGACUGUUAAAUUACAUUGUUAGAUUUUGAUAUUUAAUAUCAUAUAAUUAUAUAUACAUAUAUGUGGUCGAUUAUAUGUUUCAUAAAAUCGAAGAAAGAGAUUUAUAUUGAAUUUGUUAUUGUUAUUUUUGUUUUGUUUAAUUGAUUUACUAUGAGUAUCCAUGUUGCUCGGCUUCGUUACAUGAAUUUUCAAAACUAACAUUUAAUUAUAUAUAGGCUGGGACUGUUAGAUAAUUGUUCAAAAUUUUAUAACAAUAAAGGUAUUAUUUAUUUUAAAAACUUUUAAAUAAAUGGAGCCGUGCAACGUUGCAACUUAUGACUCAUAUUAAUCAUUAUUAUUACUAUUAUUAUUAAUUGUGGGUGAACAAACAGUAAUAAUUUAUAUUAAAAACAUUUAAAAUGAUAAAAAUAAAAAAUUUUCUAUUACUUCGGGAGCGAGUAAAAAUAAAGGGAUUUAAACUAAGAAUAUUUUAUAAAAUUAAUGUAUUAACAUGAAAUAACUACGUGUCAACGAAUUUUCAACACGUUUGUCUAUUUUUUAAAAAGACUAUUUCUACUUUUAUAUCUAUUUUCAAAAAUUAAAUAAUAAAAUCCACACUAACAAAAUCAUGUUAAAAAAUUAAUUAGAGACAAGUAUAAAUACAUACUACUGUAAUAAUUACAGCAUAUAAAAGUAUAAUAUACGCAUUAUUUAAUUUGCGUAUAAUAUGUAUGCAUGA